UGUUUGGGUGUUAAGUCUCUCCCAGCUGGACGGACGCAACAUAAAACUUCCAAGGAGGGAGGACGCUGCGGGAAAAGGACGCACCGAGUCGAUCACUGCAGGCUUCAUCGAUUGGAUUUUACUUUUCCAUUCGUUUUUUCGGACGCUGAAGGGCUCAGGGUUUAAGUCGGGGCUUGUUGUCCUUUUGGGGGGGGGGAGUUUCACGUGUCUCCAUUUGGCUCUAGACGCGCAACUGUCACCGACUGCCGCCGAGCGCCUGGAGCUGCCGAAGUCAUGCCGGCCGGGUUUCAGCAACUCGGAGGGGAGACAGUGACGGGAACCCUCGCUCUCUCAGUCUUCACUGCCACACUGGGAUCUUUGGAGUUUGGAUACAACAUCGGUGUCAUCAAUGCUCCUCAGAAGAUCAUCGAGGAAGACUAUAACGCCACAUGGAUUCAUCGGUAUGGAGAGCCCAUCCCCGCGGGGACCCUCACCUCCCUCUGGUCCCUGUCGGUGGCCAUCUUCUCCAUUGGGGGCAUGUUCUCCUCCUCCUGUGUGGGCUUUGUGUCGGAGUGGCUGGGCAGGAGGAAAGCCAUGCUCAUCAACAACUUGUUUGCCUUCAUCGGAGGAAGUCUGAUGGGCAUGUCCAAGCUCUGUCGCUCCUUUGAGAUGUUGAUCCUGGGGCGCUUUGUCAUCGGCGCCUACUGCGGGUUGGCGUCAGGGCUGACACCGAUGUACGUGGGUGAAAUUGCUCCCACGAGUCUGAGAGGAGCGCUGGGCACGCUGCACCAACUGGCUAUAGUCACUGGCAUUCUCAUUGCACAGAUUCUCGGCCUGAAUUCGCUAUUGGGCAGCGAGGAGCUGUGGCCUGUUCUGCUGGGAUUAACCGUCGUGCCGACCGUAUUUCAGAUGGCACUUCUUCCCUUCUGCCCCGAGAGCCCCCGCUUCCUCUACAUCAUCCGCUGCAAGGAGCACCACGCCAAGAGCGGCCUGAGGAGGCUAACGGGCAAGCUGGAGGUGGGCGACAUGCUGGCGGAGAUGAAGGAGGAGAAGAGGAGGAUGGACAUGGAGAGGAAGGUGUCCAUCCCGGAGCUGUUUCGCUCCCAACUCUACCGCCAGCCCACCAUCAUCUCCAUCCUGCUGCAGCUCUCCCAGCAGCUGUCCGGGAUCAACGCAAUUUUCUACUACUCCACCAGUAUAUUCAUGAAGGCAGGGGUGCAGAGUCCAGUCUACGCCACUAUAGGAGCUGGUGUGGUGAACUGCGCCUUCACCGUGGUCUCACUCUUCCUGGUAGAGAGGAUGGGUCGACGGACACUCCACAUGAUCGGACUGGGAGGAAUGUGCAUCUGUGCCAUCAUCAUGACCACGGCCCUCGCUUUACUGGACAGCGUUCCCUCGAUGAGCUACGUCAGCAUGCUGUCCAUCUUUGGUUUUGUCGCCUUCUUCGAGGUGGGACCCGGUCCCAUCCCCUGGUUCUUCGUAGCCGAGUUAUUCUCGCAGGGUCCGAGGCCGGCUGCAAUGGCUGUGGCCGGCUGCUCCAACUGGACAGCCAACUUCAUCGUCGGCAUGUGCUUCCAAUAUGUUGCUGACCUCUGCGGGCCAUACGUCUUCCUGAUCUUCGCAGCGCUGCUCCUCUUCUUCCUCAUCUUCACAUUCUUCCGGGUGCCCGAGACGCGGGGAAAGACCUUUGACCAGAUCGCAGCAAACUUCCACCAGCACGCGAUCGCAGGAAUGAUGGACAUGGAUAUGGACAUGGACAUGGACAAGCAGAGCACCGAGCUGGACUACUUGGGGGAAGAAAGCAUAAACUGAGGAGUUUGAAGAGAAAUGGAACUGAGUGGGGCUUGGGAUGAACUGUAUAUACGGGGCCUGACACCAAACAUUUAUUUUCUGACAUGUAUAUUGAAGUCUAUCGUUGUAUUCACAUCAAUUUUGGUGCCAAAGAAGUGUUCAAUGUGUGCCAAUCUGGGUGUUUUGGAAUUGUCUUUAGCUGGUACCACUGCAAUACGAGGUUAUGAGUUAUGACUUGACAAAGGCCUAAAAACCAAGAGUUGACAGUUAUUAGUUUUAAGGAAUACUGUACGAUGCACAUAAAGGUGGUUUAUGGACUGUUGAGGCAUCGGCUGCCAGUGUGGCAGCAUUUUAUGCGAUGAUGAUGCACACACGGAAGUGGAGAGGGAGGAGGAUUUCCUGCACUUUAUUUACAAAGACAGCCAACGUUUUCAGUCAGAAGAUUUAAAAAAAAUAAAAUAUGUAUAUAUAUAUACACACAUACAAAGCCAUGAGGUGGUGUAAGCCUUGCUAUGUUGUACUAAAGCUGGGAACACACGAGAGCGUAACAAAUGACACGAUUGAAGUGAGACACUGCUCAUAGUUAUUAACAAAAUAUGAGGGGAUCACCUCAUUUAUAGUUGUAAAAGUCCAACCCAAUGGUCAAUAGCUGUUAACGCAUCUGAAAGGGACAAGGGUUGAAUCCUACAGGUGCAAAAUUAUUUUAGUUUGCAUUUUAUUAAGGCGAUGCUCUGGUGUUUUGUUUAGAGGUUUGGCUUUUGUAAAGGGGAAUUUCAUAUUCCUUCAAAUAUUUGACAAAAAAACCAAAACUAUUUAAAUACCCAAGAUCAAGGUUUUGAACAACUAGUGAAGAAAAAAACUAAAAUACUAGUGAUUAAAUACCAACAGUCCACGGUGACCCACUAAUGGAGAAAAAGACUCAAACUGGGGAGGAGCAUUCCCAGUUAACACUAAGGAAAAAUGCCAUCGAAGCAUUUGUCUAAUCAUGAGAAACGCACAACCUGUAGAAAUACUACUUUUAAAGAGACAGUCUAUUUUAAAUACUUCCGUGUACAUAUUGUGUUUGGUCACCGAUAGUUUUCAGGGUGCGAGAGUCUAAACUGUUCAAUGCUUUGUGCACUCUCGCUGGCGUUUGGUUUUGUAAACAAGUCUCAUAUACAAGACUAUAGAGCAACAUGUGCAAUUUAUAGGGGCUGACUGUAAAGGGAUCUUGUAGAUUAGUUAUUUUGUUUGUUUAAAUCACAAGCAUCACGUUAGUGUAUUUCCCUGGGAACUGCCAUGUGUGCCGUUUGUUCUUUUAUUAGCGUGUAUCACUACCUUGUGAGGAAAAAAAAAAUUAAAACGAGUUGAUGGAGGACCUGUAAUUGUACAGAGAGAAUAUUGAUACUGUAGUCAUGUUAUAACUAAAGGAUGCAAGUUCUGUAAAUACUGUUACUGAAAACA